AUGAUAUUUCGACUUUCCUCGUUAGCCCUCGGGCUGCUUCCUCUCGCAAGCGCCCUGUCUGCCGCUGACAUUCCUGCGGACACGCCCGUGUCGCAGCUGGUUAAAGAUGCCACUGUGCAGAUGGCGACUGGAAACACCCAGGAUGCCCUCACCUACUUCGAUGUAGCCAUCUCCCGUGACCCGCGCAACUACCUCACCUACUUCCGACGUGGCGCUGCCUACCUCCAAAUUGGCAAAACAAUUCAGGCAGAGCAGGACUUCAACAAGGUGCUGGAACUGAAGCCUGGCUUCGAGGGCGCAUUGGUGCAACGAGCAAAGAUAAGAGCAAGGAAGGCUGACUGGGCUGCGGCGCGCAAGGACUACGAGGCAGCCGGUAAGCCCGAUGAAAUCGCCCAGCUGGAAGAAGCGCAGGCUGCGGCUCUUAUCGCACAAGAGGCUGCUGAAAAAGGCGACUGGGACUCCUGCAUCACCAAUGCAGGCGCUGCCAUCGUGGUCGCAAACGGCGCAUACGAUAUCCGCAAGACAAGAGCACGCUGUCGCUUCGAGAAGGGUGAGGUCGUUGAGGGUAUCAGUGACCUACAGCACCUCCUUCAAAUCAACACGGGUGAUAUUGAGCCUCACCUUCAAAGCUCCGCCAUGGCCUUUUACUCCCUCGGCGAAACCGACAAGGGAAUCAAGCACAUCGCCCAAUGUCUUCAAUCAGACCCAGACUCCAAGGCAUGCAUGAAGCUGCGUAGGAGAGAAAAGAACCUCGAAAAGGAUAUCAAGAAAGUGCGCAAAUUUUUCGAAAAGCGCCAGUACGCCACCGCAUCAAAACUCCUCAUUGACCGCGGCGAGUCAGACCCAGGUCUCUUGAAGGAGGUCAAACAAGACUUCAAAGACUACACCGAAAAAGGCUACAUCUACGCCAACUCCCCACAAGGCCUCUAUCAGAACCUCGUCGAAAUGACCUGCGAAGCCUACGUCGAAAUGAACAACCUGAAAAAAGGAACCCCUUACUGCAAAGAAGCCCUCCAACUCAACCCCAACUCCCUCCACGGCCUCAUCCACAAAGCCCAAGGCCAACUCGACGCCGACGAAUUCGAAGACUGCAUCCGCACCCUCGAACUCGCAGCCGAACACCACCAGCACCAGAAGAUCGACGAGCUCCUCCAAAAAGCCCGCACCCUGCUUAAGCGCUCAAAAGAAAAGGAUUACUACAAGGUCCUCGGCGUGACCCGCGAUGCCGACGAGCGCGAAAUCAAGAAGGCGUAUCGCAAGCUCAGCAAAAUGUACCACCCGGACAAGGCCUCCUCGAAUAACAUGACGCCAGAGGAUGCGCAGAAGAAAAUGUCGGAUGUCAAUGAGGCGUACGAGGUCCUGUCUGAUCCGGAGCUCAAGGCGCGAUUUGAUCGUGGUGAUGACCCCAAUAGCAAUGAGCAGCAGCAUGGCAAUCCCUUCCAGGGCUCGCCAUUUGGCGGCCAGCAGUUCAUGUUUAGGCAGGGUGGUGGCGGUGGUUUCCCCGGUGGAGGUAGCUUCAAGUUCCAGCAGGGUGGUGGGUUCCCUGGUGGAGGUUUCCCCGGUGGCUUUCCCUUCUAG